UUCGCAAAAAGUGCGAGCAACCAAAACGAGUGUUUCGUGUUUUCAUCCGUUUCGUAAAAGUUGCAGAAAAAGCGUGAUUUUCGAUAGGAAUUCCGUCCGGAAAGCGGCCCUAACUGUGUGGACCAUGUCGAACCGUGGUGGCAAAAAUCGAAAUCGUAACCGUAACUAUGGAGGAGGCGGCGGCGGUUCCGGUGGAGGCCGCAAAUUUUACGAUGCUGGCAACAAAUAUUCAGAGCACGACGACCGGAUGGACCGGGACCACCACCUGGUCAAGGAUGUCAAACGUCGGGUCAGCUUCAAGCCCUUCAACGGGGGCCGAAAUAACAAGGGCAUCCGGGUGUCGGACAUUCAGGUUCGGGCCCAUUUGGAGAAUGACGAAGCGAUGGCCGGUGGCGAUGGAUACGGACACGAUGGUGGUAACUCAACGCGUGGCAAUUACAACAAUGGAAAAGGAUUCGACCGGAGGGGAGGUCGCCGCCUGGGUUCACCCAUUCCCCGGGGCAACGGAGGCGGUGGCCAGUCAGGUGCUGGUAUACCGUUUAGCAAGAAAAUAAUUGCCAGUCCGAACGGAUGGUACCAGAUCAAGGUUCCGUACGGUCACAAGUACGAGAAAGAUUUCAUUCUCCGGUCGAUGAUCAACGCAAUCAGUCCGAAGGUUUUCAUUCCACAGUACUGGAAGGUGGAGGACACGGCCGUUAGUUUCUAUAUAGAGGACUACGAAGCGGCAGUCGCAUUGCAAAAGAUAAACCGCACGAUUGCGCUACCUGAGAAUCGCAAAAUGAUUGUCGUCGUUAGCACCAGGUUUCCCCAGGUGCAGGUCAAUGAACAGCUCAAGGAGCGUAUGAAGUUGGCAAUGGUGAAGCGCUACAAUCCGGCGACUCAGGCGCUGAACCUGGAAAAGUUCCACUCCGAUCCGGAUCUGAAGGACAUUUUCUGUGCCCUGUUUCGACCGCCCAUAAUGCUCGCUGCCGCCGAUAUCAUCAAGGAAAACAUUCCGGAUCUGGUAGCGCUCAACUUGAACGACAACAAGAUCUCGCAGAUGGACCACUUCCGACAGCUUGCCACCAAGCUGCCGAAUUUGAAGAUUCUCUAUUUAGCAAAUAAUAAGAUCCCGUACGUAACCGCGCUGGAAACGCUGAAAUCGCUGCCGCUGAUCGAAAUCAACCUGGAGGGCAACCCGUGCAAGGAUCGCAUCAAAGAUCAAACCGUCUACGUCAGUGAGGUUCGCAAGCGACUACCCAAGGUGAUCAAAUUGGACAACAUCGACCUACCGCCACCGAUCGGUUUCGACGUUGCCGACGACGAUCUGAAACUGCCAGCGGCGAAGGCCGCCUUCCUUUGCGACACCGCCGGCAUCGACAUCGUACGACAGUUCCUGGAGGAGUACUUCCGUAUCUACGAUUCGGACAACCGGCAGGAACUGCUGAAAGCCUACCACGAGCAUGCGAUGCUUUCGGUCACCGUAUUCACCUGUCCCAGCCAAGGUAGCCAACAACGGUUGCAGGCCUACAUGUCACACAAUCGGAACCUUUACAGCAAACGGGAACUGGAUGCGCGGUGUCGAUAUCUGAAGAUGGGCAAACUUCCGGUGGUGUCUCAUCUGUCCGAACUGCCUAUGACCAGGCAUGAUCCGAAGUCAUUUGCCGUGGAUCUAACUCUCUUUACGCCACAAAUGAUCCUGUUCACGGUAACGGGUGUAUUCAAGGAGCGUAAACCAGCCGUCAUCAACGAACCGUACCGAUCGUUCCAACGUUCUCUUGUGAUCGUGCCAUCGGGUGGCGGUUUUUGUAUCCGCAACGAGAUGAUCCACAUCAAUAACGCCACUCGGCGACAGGAAGAAAAUGCAUUCAAGGACCCAGACAUGAAUGGAUUCCAGCAGCCAGCAGUAGCGCCUUCUACGGCGCAAGCACCAGUAGCAGCAGCACCGAUUCCACCGGCAGUGAGCGGCGGCGGACCAGACGAUAACACCAAACUGAUGAUGAUCCAAGCCAUAGCCACGAUGAGCAAUAUGAACGUUGAGUGGAGCCGUAAAUGUUUGGAGGAAACUAACUGGGACUACGAGCGAGCCGGAUUCGCUUUCCAGGAACUACAUAAACAAAACCGAAUACCGCCAGAGGCAUUCGUUAAGCCGUAGGCGCCCUGGUAGCUCGCUGCCACCGUCGGAGACGCGUCGUGGGAUCUUUAUGCGAAGCGAAGGAUUUGUUUAAGAUACACAUUAAUGUGGUAGGGUUUAGAAGGGGGAAUCAAAAUAAGGGAAUGAACUUGAGGAAAAAAAACGUUAUAUCAAUGUACAAAGUACCGACUGUUACGAAAAUAGACUAAACACACUUUCUUUCAUUUUCUAUUCCUUUUUCCGUUUCCGAUGUGUUUUUUCUUCUCAAGUAGAUCCCAUAUAUUUUUUCAGGUCUAUAAACUAGCAGUUUAGAAAAAAAAACUGCACAUAAAACAAAAAAAAAAUGUCACAACUCAUGCAAAAAUACAUUUAUACAAACAUCAUUCGAAUGAAACAAAAGUUUAUAAAAGUUCUCAAUUUCGACUUAAAAUAUAUAGAAAAGUUUGUGUUGUCAACCUAGGAAUCAAUAAAUCACUUCAAAGCCUAGAAAAGUUAGGAUCACUGAAGCAUGUUCCACUGAUAGGUAGGCCCAAUUCAAAAGGACAUUACUUUUAUUAAGCAACACUUGAACAUUUUUGAGUUAACAUUUUCGUUGGAAAGGUAUGUUUUUUGAUGAAUUGGUUUCCUCACAGUUUUCAGAUAUGGAGCAGAAUCUACAAUAACAUAGUUAAAACGAAUUUUGCAAUGAUAAAUUCAGGAAAAUUUUAUAAAAAUUUACGUUUAAGUAUCACUAGUUUAUAAAGUGCAACAAAUUGUAAAUCAUACAAAAACAACCCGCAAAGUCCUACUCUAUUAACAUAGAAACGUGUAGCCGAUGAUUUUAUAAGCUCUUGACUAAGAAUGUGAAAGUAAACAUUUGCUUUAUUAUUGUAUCAUGUGUAAUUGCCGGAUUGCUCCGGGAAAAGAAAGGAAAACAAACAUUAAACGAACACAAUUAAGAAAUCAUAGAAAUGAUUAUUUUAAACA